AAGUGUGAAGCACUAUUUCCACCAUCCACCCUCAGCUUGGCGCUGUGCAUCACACCGCCUCAAACAUCUGAUUAAUGUCGCUCUAGUUCCUUAUCCCUCGGUUGUCAUUUUCACGGGACAACUCACGGCUGUCCUGUGUGUUUAUUAACAACCCGCCGGCGCUCAACUUGACGGCUUGCCGAUUCUUGUGUUCUGGGGCAGACCCUCCGUCCACCCGGGAGCCAUUCAUAAAUAAGCCCUUGGAGGAAGGAGGAGGAAGGAAGCUGGCGCUUAGCUGCAUCUGAUUUCUCAUUCGGUGGACCGGAUGCGAGAGGCGAACUCGAGCCCAUUUUCGGGGACCGUGGCUUGGGCUCACGGCUGAGCUGAGUUGACUGGCCAUGGCUGACCCUUCAUGUGAUGGUCCGGACCUGCUGGAUGAAAACGAACCAAAGUGUUUGGUGCACUUAAAUCGAGCCUCUUGAGACUCUUCCUUUUCGUGACAUAUAACGUUUCUUGUCUUUUCAUUGAAUAAAUGAAAAUACGUGAACGGUCCGUCCAUGCUCAUGGUGCAGUGAAUCAUGGCUGCUAAAGAGGAACUAUACGCCAAAGUGACCCCGCGGAGACAGCGCCAGAACCGGGCCGGCACCGUCAAACAUGGGUCUACACUGGACGUGCUGUUGUCCAUGGGCUUUCCCAAGACCAGGGCCUUGAAAGCUUUGGUUUCGACAGGAGGGAAAAACGUCCAGGCAGCUUGUGACUGGCUCUUUUCCCAUGUGGAUGACCCCUUCCUGGAUGACCCUCUGCCCAGAGAGUAUGUGUUGUAUCUGCGACCCAGUGGGCCACUGCUGCAGCAGCUCUCUCACUUCUGGCAGCAGUCUCGCCUCUCAUGUGGCAAAAACAAGGCACACAACAUCUUCCCCCACAUCACCCUCUGCCAGUUCUUCAUGUGUGCUGAUGGGAAGGUGGAGGCUCUGUCUGAUGCCCUCCAGUCCACCGUGACUAAGUGGAAAGGUCGCAUCCCCAUGCCCCUCCCCUUGGAGCUGUACACCUCCUCCACCUUUAUCGGCCUCUUCGUGGAGGAACAGGUGGCAGAGGUGCUGAAGAGUUUUGCGGCAGAUUUUGCCAGUGAAGCAGAAAUGAAAGCAGAUGUCCAUGUUGAGCCCCAUAAGAAGCAACUGCACGUCACCUUGGCAUACCACUUCCAAGGCAGUCAUCUUCCAGUCUUGGAGAAGUUGGCAAAGAAUGUGGAUGUGUCAUCAGGCUGUGACUGGCUGGUCGUGCUCUUCUCUAGGGAUAUUCGCUUUGCUAAUCAUGAGACACUGCAAGUCAUGUACCCCUAUGUGCCUCAAAAUGAUGAUGAGCUUGAGCUGGUGCCUGGAGACUUCAUCUUCAUGUCUCCAAUGGAGCAAAGCAGCGCCAGUGAGGGCUGGGUUUAUGGCACUUCACUGGGCACGGGGCUGUCCGGUCUGCUGCCUGAAAACUAUGUCAGUCGUGCUGAUGAGUCAGACACUUGGGUUGUCCACGGGUCUCAUUCUAUUCUCAACUAUACCGCUCCGUCUAACUCUGGCAGCACACUCAGUGGAUUACUCUUUGAUGGGCAGCACACGGACAGUCUGCUUGACAGUCUGGUGGAUCCUCCCAGCCUCACUGGCCUCUGUCCUCCCAUGCAGGUGACGCGGGCAGGUGGUCAUUCGUCUCUGUCCAAGAUGAGACUGUUUGUGUGUCGACAUGGGGAGAGGAUGGAUGUCGUUUUUGGGAAACACUGGGUGACUCAGUGUUUUGAUGCCAAAGGCCGAUACAUACGCUCAAAUCUCAACAUGCCAUCCAGCCUGCCAGCUAGAAGCGGAGGUCAUCGGGACUAUGACAAAGAUUGUCCAAUUACUGUGUUUGGCUCCACUCAGGCCCGUCUUGUAGGUGAAGCACUGUUGGAAAGCCACACAACAAUAGACUUUGUUUAUUGCUCUCCUUCACUUCGCUGCGUCCAGACAGCUCAGCACAUUCUGCAGGGUCUCCAACAGGAGGGAAAGAUGAAAAUUCGUGUGGAACCUGGACUUUUUGAGUGGACCAAGUGGGUUUCGGGCACAAGUUUACCCACCUGGAUCCCUCCAACAGAGCUGGCUGCUGCUAACCUGAGUGUGGAUACAACCUACAGACCUCAUAUUGCUAUUAACAAGCUGGUGGUGUCUGAGUCCUAUGACACCUACAUCAGUCGGAGCUUCCAAGUGACACGAGAAAUCCUGUCAGAGUGCAAAAACAUGGGAAACAAGGUCUUGAUUGUGGCCCAUGCUUCUUCCUUGGAGGCUUGUACUCGCCAGAUACAAGGACUCAGCCCACAAAACUCCAAGGACUUUGUCCAAGUUGUGCGGAAGAUUCCCUACUUGGGAUUUUGUGCUUGCGAAGAAAUGGGCGAGACAGGUGUGUGGCAGCUGGUUGACCCGCCCAUCCUGCCUCUGACACAUGGACCCAAUCACAGCUUCAACUGGAGGGAAAUGCUCAUGCAAGACUAAAGAAGAACAUGCAGCUUCAAUAUUUAUUUUUUAGCCACACUGCUUCAAAUCAAGCCCAAUGACACCAAAACAAAAAAACAAACAAACACGUCUGGCUUCCAUGAACGGCAUCUCGUCAGUGGGGUAAACGUAUUGAGGUGCACAGCUCAGGAAUGUGAAGAAUACAGCAAACGGUAUCUAGAAUUAUUGAUGUUGUAUUCUCUAGCCCGCCAAUACACUGUGACAAGAUGACAGACUUGUACUGCAGGAAUAUUUUUCCAAGCUAUUAUUUGACUGCUGGCUCCAAAAAAAAGCACAAAACAAAUGUUAACAGGGAAGAACUGCUCUUCAUUGUUGAAAUGGCGUAAGUAGGUUGUUUAUUAUGCCUGCUUUUAUUCCACCAAAUGUCAUAUCAUUUCCAUUCUAUUCCACCAACAGUCCAUGAACAUUAGGGAUGUCAUGCACCUUCACGGGAACUACCCGAGUUCGAUUUUUAUGACAUUCAUUCGUUUUUGUUGGUGCUGCAACCAUCAUGUUUUUCAAACAUUUUUUUCCAAUUCCGUUUUUGUCACAUUUCAUUUAACUGUGCAUUUAGUAUUAGUGAGAUCAUACAAAUUAUGCAUCUUUUUAAAAAAUAUUGCUUGUCCACACUAGCGUCACGGCUGUCCCAGCUGUCUUCAGAUGAGAGGUGGGCUACACUCUGGACUGGUCGCCAGCACAUCACAGCAUACAAAUGAUUUCUUUUAUAAAUCAGAAUAUACUAUUGCUCUUAAAAAUGAAUAAAGAAAGUGGGUGGAGUUAUUCAGGCCUGCAUGUGAUGUCUUUAUUUUUGUUUAUAAUUGGGGUCUUGAGAUUUUUAAGCAGAGCAGAGAGCACUUCCGACUCAUUUUUGCUUAUGUAUUUGUAAUUUCUGCAUGACCUUUGCUGUCCUUUUAAAGCUCGUCCUUGUAGCGUUCUUGCUGAUUGCUUCACAGAGGCUGUUAUGGUGCACAGCAACGGGGCUCUUUAAAAGUGUAAAACAAAAAGAAAGCAGAAUCCAAAAAUAACAUACUCAUCCAUGCAGGCAGCAUUCUGUUUUGGAAUAUUUGACUUUUGUAAUAAAUCAUGACAGAUG